AUGGAAGACAGAGCAUACCUCCCUCUAUACCUCCCAGGCCGUGCGAGACAGCUUUCAAACCGACUCCCCGCCAUGAGGCCACCUCAAUCGUUAACAUCUUCUUCGCGUCAGAACCCGCCCCCGGCCCAUGUCCCCAUUCGCCCACAAUCAGAGGUCAUCGUCAUCGACAGCAGUGACGACGAUGACGAUGAUGAGAUUCAACUUCUCCCUGUCCCUCCCAGUGGAACGCUCUUUAAGUCUGGUACAAAACGUCCUAGACCUGGAAAGAAACUUUCUUUCCCCACAACGGCUCGAUUAUUCGGCACCCUUCCUCCCCCUCCCCCCCUGCCGAUAUUCAGAACAUUCAACCCGUACUGUCCCAAUGUCAGAAGCAAUUCUGAAAAAAGUGACGACCCUAUCCUCCUAACAGAAUCUUAUCUUCCCACUCCCCCGUCUUCCGCACUUCCUACUCCCCCGUCUUCCGCAACCCCUCCCGCCCUCACUUAUCUUCUCGACACAACAACACCUUCCGAAUUGGCUUCACUUUCUAUCCGACCCCCCUCUCCAGAUUUUCCGUGCUCGUAUCCCCUUCCUCCCGUCCCACCGCCAUCAACAGCAUCAACGUCGUCGACGUCUGGUCCCCGGAAGUGCGCAGUGGUAGAUGUAAACGGCCGAGGCAAAGGACUCGUCCUCACUCGCUCCGUUUCGAGAGGGGAGAUCAUCAUCGCUGAAGCCCCAUUCUUUCAAUUAUCUUUUCCUUUGGAGGUAUACAAUGUGUACAAAACUUAUCGGAAGCUGGGUCCGGAGAAGAGAGAAUUGUUCCUUUCUUUCCCAAUUGGGGCAGGUGAUGAUGUUCUCGUCAGCCGGGCAAGGACGAGUGUGAUACCUCUCGAAGAUCACAGAGAGGACUAUGAGACGUCUUCGGAUGCGGAUACCGAUCCCUGCGGUCUCUUCGAACACAUCUCAAGAGUGAACCACUCGUGCGCUCCGAAUGCGGUAUGGACAUGGAAUGCGGAUGAAGGUUUGUUAUAUUUAAGAGCAUGGAAAGAUCUGAAAAAUGGGACCGAGAUCACUUGUGCAUACAACGAUCAAAUUUGCAUCGAAUCCAGUUCCCUACGACGAGCUUACUUUGAAGAAAACUUUCAGUUCACUUGUUCAUGUACCGCUUGUUCUCGACCCACCCAUCAUCUUAAAAAAUCCGAUACUCGUCUUGCUCGUCUUAGGGAGAUACUCAGUCUCUGGGAUCGACGGAUAGGCGAUUUAGGACGACAUCCUUUUCUCAAAGGACAGCGAGAAGAAGCGAUUGCAAUACAAGAAGAAGCAAUCAACAUCUUAUCGGAAGAGAAAUUGUUUCACCAUUUAGGUGAGGCUUAUAAGGAUCUGAUGGAGAUUCAUACCUUGUGGGGUGAUAUAGGUGGGAGUCAAUCUGCUGCAGAGGGUUGGGAGAAAUGUCUCGAAGGCGUGUUGGGUAGAGGAAAGGCUGAGAUAAUCGUCGAGCAGGUCUUUCUUGACCCAAAGAAAGUCACGGAUUGGGGUUUGUUUAGCGAGCCAGCAAAGGGAAAGAGAAGAAAGUAA